CUCUCUUUCCUGAACAGUGGUACCAGUUUUAUUGCAGGUUUUGCCAUCUUCUCCAUCCUGGGCUUUAUGUCCUACGAGCAAAAUGUGCCCAUCUCAGAAGUGGCUCAAUCUGGUCCAGGUUUGGCCUUUAUAGCCUAUCCUCGUGCCGUGUCCAUGAUGCCUUUCUCCCCUCUGUGGGCCUGCUGCUUCUUCUUUAUGAUUCUCUUCCUCGGACUGGACACUGAAUUUGUGUGUGUGGAGAGCCUGGUGACAGCCGUGGUGGACAUGUAUCCCUCCACCUUCCGGCGUAAAAACCGCAGAGAGCUCCUCCUCCUGGCAGUGGCUGUGGUGUCCUUACUCCUGGGGCUCAUCAUGCUGACAGAGGUUGGUCUCAGAGACCUCACUUCAUUAUGUUUUUACAGAAUAAGCCUUCCCAAAGGAAGAUAA